GACUAGGUAAGAAAGACGAGACAUUACUUCUCUUGGCUUCAUUUAUGCUGGAUGGUGGCGAGGAGAACUCCUUGACAGAAAAGGCAAUUUUCAAAUCCUGAUUUACUGCAAUGCUUUUUGCACUCAGAAUAACUUUCUGGGCUUUUGCACGCUCCACGAGCACAACAUAUAAAUAACCUCCGUUCUCCUCAGUGGCUGAGAUUGAAACCAUUAAGAUGCCUUCUGCUGAUGCAGUCUGAACUGUAAGUGGAUUACAACGGCAAUAUUUUGGGACUGCUCUUUGAAAAAAAAGUGGUGGAUUUACAUUGUCAGAGUGGAAGAGGAUCCUGUGCCGCUUUGUCUUUCUUUUCCUGUGGAUUACAGAUGGGCUUUGGGAUCUUGCCGCACAGUCUCAUGGAUGACUGUGCACCAGUCAUUAGGAUAAAGUACAAAGGGGACUCAAGUGAGGACUGAGAUGAAUCUUUAUCCCUGAAGAUUGGGCAAACGCAGAUGUUGAAAGUGAAUCCGCAAUUUAAUGGUUUGUUCCUAAUAAUAGGACAUGAAAGUCAUUUGUUCAAGUGUUGCAUUGCAUUUAAAGAGAGCUUCUCGUUGGACAGACAUGCUGACGUUGUUGGCACACUAGUUGAGUGCCAUUCACUAAAUGAAGGGUUCUGUCUACAUGGCAGGUGGCUUGGACACAAGCAAAGAGUGACUGCGUUGAUUUGUGUCGUUUCUAUUUCCUGGUGAACGGAGCAGAAGUCACUUUGCGGGAACACCGUAGAUUCAUUUGCAUCUUGACUGGACAAACCGAGGACUCCUCCUCUUCUCAACUGCGCAAGGAUGGUACCACCACCUCCCACCAACAAGCCACACGUGUGCCUGUCCACCAUCCUCAUCAUGAGCAGCAUGGCGCUGAUUGACGCCUACCUGGUGGAGCAGAACCAGGGCCCACGCAAGAUUGGCAUCUGCAUCAUGGUGAUGGUGGGAGACAUCUGCUUUCUGAUUGUCCUGCGCUACGUGGCCGUGUGGGUGGGGGCUGAGGUGCGCACGGCCAAGAGGGGGUACGCCAUGAUCCUCUGGUUCCUCUACAUCUUUGUGCUGGAGAUCAAGGUCUACUUUGUGUAUCAGAACUAUAAGGCCGAUAGGAAGAGCCUCGACGCUCUUGCCAGGAAGGCACUAACACUGCUGCUCUCCAUCUGCAUUCCAGUGCUCUUUGUGGUGCUGGUGGCUAUUGACCACAUGGAGUAUGUGCGUGCCUUCAAGAAACGAGAGGAGAUCCGCAAUCGUCUCUUCUGGGUGGUGGUGGACUUGCUUGAUAUUCUGGACAUUCAGGCCAACCUGUGGGAGCCCCAGAAGAAGGGCCUCCCUCUGUGGGCGGAGGGCUUAAUGUUUUUUUACUGCUACAUCCUCCUCCUUGUCCUACCCUGUGUGUCUUUGAGUGAGAUCAGCAUGCAAGGUAUCAACAUUGUGCCCCAUAAAAUGCUUCUUUACCCAAUCCUCAGCCUGGUGACUAUAAACUUCAUCACGCUCUUUAUUCGUGGUGGCAACAUGAUUUUGUACAGGGAUGCACGGGUGUCGGGGAUCUUAAUAGGAAAGAACAUACUGGCUAUUAUCAUAAAGACCUGCAGCUUUGUCCAGUACAGGAGACAGUUGCAGAGUGCCCCUCCUGCUUUUGGGGUUGAGCUGCAGAAAAACUCACUGGCCCAUGCCCGCCCUUCCCCCACCCCUCCCCAAGCAGUUAUCCAGGACCAGACACCCCUGCCCGAGGUGACAACAUGCGAGCACACGUGACAAAAAUGCUUUGCGGGACCCUCAAGGUGCUGGCAGGGCACAACGUUUUACACUUUUUCGUUCAUGUGCACAAUCAUCGGAAGAAAAAACAAAAAAAAAAUGGAUGCACACGCAAGAUGUUUAGCCAGCAUCUCCAGUUCUGUCAUGUUGCAAUUUACAUCUUGUGGUUUUGUUGAAGCGCUUUCGUCCUGCGAAUUCAAUUGAUUGUGUAGCUUUCAAAAUGUAGAGGAAAAAGUGGAAGACAAGAGUAUAUUUUUGAAUUGGCUGUCGCAUUGUAAUGUGUGAUGUGGUGUGUAUUUGUUUUGCUUGAGUCUUUUUAGUAGUUCAGGGCUUUAUAACUGGAGCAAAUGAGAAAAUCCAAGUAAUGUGAAUAUAACUGUUCAAAUGAUGAGAAAAGUGUCUUUUCUAUGUGACUUUUUGAUAAAGUACUGCCCUUCUAUGAGAACAGGGUUUGCAUCAUGUCAUUUCAAAGUCAUCGGAGCAGUUAAGUAAGUAUGUGUUAUGUUUUUAAGUCAAAUUCAGCAGGUCUUUAAUUAACCUGUGUUGCAAAAAUAAAAUAGACAAUGAUUUUUCCACUCAUUGCUGAAGUGGUGAUUUCGCAGUGUCAUUCCUCCCAUGAGGAUUAUUGUCUGGUUCCAGUCGUCAGUCGUUUUGAGUGGGUGCACUGAGAACUGCAUCCGCAGCUAAAAGUAUAUCACUUGAUUUACAGUGGUUCCAAACACGUGACGAAUACAUAAAAAAAAGAAUACUGCAUAUCCCAAGAUGUGUACUACUUAAUGGAAGGUAUAAUAAUUUAAUGUUUGUUAUUUUCAAGGGGAAAAUAUUUACCAUAUAAAAUAGGACAAAUCACUGGUCAACCACUAUUCGACAAUAAGAGGCUCUUUUGUAUAGUGCAUAGGCUAGGUCGGGAGUGUCAAACUUAUUUUUGUUGUGGGCAUCGUCUGCCUCAAAGGGCCAUUCAAAUUAUCAACCCGAAAAAAUGUAUGAACGUCUCAUAUUGUUAUAUAUUAUAUAGUAUAGGCUACACAACAAACUGAUGAAUAGCUAAUUUUCAAAACAGAGACGAAUAAAAACUGUUCAGAUAUUUAAAAAUGAAAUAUUUAAAUCAAAUCAAAUAUCUAAAAAUAAAAGUUAUUAAAAAAAGAAUGGCAAUGAAGGUUGACAACAAUAUCUCUAUUUUUUAAAAAUGGAAACAAUUUGAAAUUUGUCUUCGCGGGCCACCUAAAAUGAUGUGGCGGGCCAUAUCUGUCUCCCGGGCCUUGGCUUUGACACCACCCGUGGGCUGGAUGAAGAAACUGGACCAUUCACAACAAACAGCACGGGGAGGUCAAUUAUAAAGUAGCUAAUUGGGAAGCUGAACUAGAUUUCAAGACAGGCUUCUCAAUACAAGGCACUCUUUUCAUCUUUAAGCCUCUCCAACUACUUGCUGCUUACAUUAUGCAAAGUACACUGGUUUCCCUGUGAGCUCCGAGUUCAAUAUUUGAGCCAAUGAGAACAACAGUGGCAUAGUUCAGUUUUGGUCAUUUUUAAGUUAAAUGAAAAAAUGAACAACUAAAAGGCAUAUCUUUCUUAUCGAUAUUGGUUUAAUUAAAUGUUUUUACACAUUUUAUACAGUCCAUUAUUCCAUUUAUUCAUCUUAGGUGCCAGUGCAUCUGAAUGAUAGUGAAGGUUAAUGUUAUUUAUCACUUUUCACUUCAAAUUGUGCCUCAUGAGAGAAGAAACAAUUUUCCGUGGUUAAAGUAACAGGUUGUUGCAAAUACAGGAGGUAAAUACAAGGGAACAUGUUCAGUCUUUAGUAUGAAUAAACUUGAUUUAACCUGAUAUCACUGCAUCUUACAGUGUGUGAAUUAAAAAAAAAGGUAUUCAAAUAAUUCCCCAAGUAAUCAUCACUAAAAAACAUUUAUUUAUCAUGUGACAUUUACUACAUGUUGAGCAAUUAACCUACAUUGAUAUCAAAAGACUACAGUGGUUUCAAAAAAUUCAGACCAUAGCCACAGAAUCUGAAAGAACAUUAAUAAUAAUACUAAUAAUUCAUUAAAUUUGUAUAGCGCUUUUCAAAAACCCAAAGACGCUUACAGGGAACAAGGCAAAAACAUACAUGAGGGGAGGGGGACGGGGAAGAAACAAUCGGAUAAAAUUAAGAAGAGGAAACCAGUUAUGGGUAGGGGAGGUCAUGAGCUUGGGAGAAGAGGUAAGUUUUUAGACGGAUGAGCCCAGAUUUAGCUUUGCUGAGUUCUGUGUUUUUAUUGAGUUACUAAUACAUGAGCACUACAUUAUGAUGACACAUCACUGCAAAUGCAGCAAAUCUCUCACCGAAGAACAAAUCAAU